GUGCUGCUGCUGUCAACCUGUCCCCUGUUGGCGAUAGCUAGCUUGAAUCCGCAGUAAUAUCCUUCAGUUAUGACUUCUCACUGUGCUUUACUUCAGUGACAUUAAGGCAGUUACUGUAUUCACGUUAUUAACAGCUGUUAACAGCUGUCGAGGACGAUGGGUCUUCCGCAGAGCUCGUUUUUGUCGGACGGGGGAACUCACAGUGGAUAUCAUGUACACGGGCUCCAAGAGGAGUCGCCGGCUCGGAGGGCGGGUCUGGAGCCCUUCUUUGACUUUAUCCUCUCCAUCGGAAAUACCCGACUUAAUAAAGAAAGUGACUUGCUGAAGGAUCUUCUAAAAGCCAAUGUGGAGAAAGCAGUCAAACUUGAAGUGUUCAACUCAAAAAGCCAGCGGGUGAGGGAGCUGGAGGUGACACCCAGUAACAUGUGGGGGGGUCAGGGUCUGCUGGGCGCCAGCGUCCGCUUCUGCAGCUUCGAAGGAGCCAACGAGAACGUUUGGCACGUCUUGGAUGUGGAAGCUAAUUCCCCUGCUGCAUUGGCUGGCCUUAUCGAUCACGAUGACUUCAUUGUAGGAGCUGACCAGGUGUUGCAAGAUUCAGAGGAUUUCUUUUCUUUGAUUGAAGCCAAUGAGGGAAAACCUCUGAAGCUGCUUGUGUACAACACUCAGACUGACCACUGCAGAGAGGUAGUAGUAACACCAAAUGGAGCGUGGGGAGGAGAUGGAAGCUUGGGCUGUGGCAUCGGCUAUGGCUACUUGCACAGAAUCCCAACGCGUCCGGCUCAGCCUCAAUCCGCUGGGACCGACAACAGUGAAGAGCUGCUUGCAAGCGGCCACGCCGAGCAGGUGCCUUCCCUCGAUGCAGGUCGUCCCUCUAGCGUCCGUGAAAUAGAUUUGAAUCCAAUCGAAGGAGCUGUGCAGGACAUGUGUGCACCCUCGUCUACUCAGCCGGCUGUGGACUUGGAUAUUUCCCGUGGAUCCAAAGCGAUGACUCCAGACGUGUCGGACACGGUUUCCACCAAUGACGUGGCCCAGAGCUCCAUGUUUGCUGAAUAUGGAGAUGACUCCGCUGAUCCGUGUAGCUUAGAUACUUCAUCUUUUGACCAAGGAGCUUUAUCUCCAGAGAGGGAAGAAGUAGCAGACCCCCAGGAGGCUGAGCAGGAGGAAGUCAUCCACCAGAUCGCUAACACGUCGUCGAGCAGAGAGACUGGGGACGACCUCGCAGGCCUCCAAGUCGCCGCAGGGAGCCCGAGUGACGCGAGUAUCCCAGAGGGGCAAAAUACCAGUUCUGAGCCCUCGAGCUCAGUGAAUGUCGAUGAGGAGGAGACGGCUGAGACGGCUGCGUCACACAGUUAGGAUGACAUGAGCAUGAGCAACCUCCUCAUCAACUGGCGAUAGUAGCAUUGGUGGGGAUUUGGGAUACAGAAUGCUUACCAUGUGAUUGUAAGUGGCAUCACUGGAAAUAUUGUUUAAGAGUUUAUUUUUUAUCCCGGUACCAUUGCCGCAUGCUGAAUUGCACAUUUCUGACAAGAGAGAUGGUUACUACUCUAUGAAUGUACUCCUUUAGCUAUCGUCUCAACAUCAUGCAGGAUGAAGCCUUAGUAGAGUCUUAGUUGCUGUUUAAAUGCAUCCUAGUUUGCACUAUAAAUGUUUCCGGUUGGAUGUUUUUAUUUUGGAAUUUAAGAUGAGGGUGUGUGAUAAGAUUUUUUUUAAAUCUCAGGCAUUUACCAUUUAAGCCACUUUGCCUUGCAUCUCAUUUUAAAUACCUGCCUUUCUUAUGUGUAUUUUGAUACACAUAAUCCCUUUGUAUAGAUUUUUAUUCAAUCAUGCUUCAUUUUUAUGGAUGGAUGAAACAAUUCAUUUCAUUUUUUUUAUUUGAAAGCAGAUUCUCAAAUACCUGCUGUAGUCAAAUGUUUUACUCUAUCGAGUGUAUGCAUAAAUUGAAGGAUUUCAAUGUCAGCGUUUAGUGUAGUUUAACCACUGUAAAAAGUAAUUGCGACCGCUCACAGAUAUUCUGAAGUAGGACCUGCGUACAUUCACAACAUAAGAAAUAUGUUGACGUUACUUCAUGCUUCAAGACAGCAGGUGUCAGCAAACCCCCUCAUCAUAGAUCCCGACCAGGGAAGCUUCAGAUUUCCUCCGAAAUGAUCCAUGAAUCAUUUCAGAGGUGAUGAACAGAGACAUGAAGCUGAACAACGUCUUUACCAAAAAAAAAAAAAAGUCAUCUUCACGAACUCGUCAGGGAUUUCUUUGUUCGAUCGAGCUGAUCGGAACACGGCUCGCGUCACUGAGGGGGAGCUUGACAGGACCGAUCCCUCACAGACCCAGUGACGUGAUGCAUCAUUCGUCCCAUUCCCCUCUCCCAACGCUGCGUAGAUACAGCUUUGGCAAUAUGUACGUUACCCACUGGGUUUGUUGGGAAAUGGGCUAAAUGCAGAAUCAACCAUUAAUUAAAACAUGCGUAAUCUCAAUACCUCUAUUUGUAUCCUUUGUAAUUCUAUAUCACAACCACCAAAUAUUGGUGAGCCCCAGGAAAUGCAAAAAAAAAAAAAAAGAGAGAGAGAGAAAAAGCUAAGCAGGGACGAUACAAAAAUAGAGGGGGAGUACGCCUAAAUAAUUUACCGGGGCCCUCCUCGGUCGAAGAGGGGGAUGGGCAUUGAGGGAAAGACAGUGUGCGGGGGAAGAAGGACGAGGAGGAGAAGCGUGAAGCCUUCCUCUCACACACCUGCAUGUGUGUCAAAGGCAGCAUGCUGUUUUUUAAGAGGAAUAUGUAGCCGCUCAGUACCUUCCACGCUGCGCACCCACUGAAAUGUAACCGCAGUAGCGAUGUUGGAAUUUUGCGGGAAAAAAUAAACGCCUCAAGCUUCUCAAAUGAACAGCA